GGGGUUGCUAAACUCCGCGGUAGAAAAAUAAACAACUUUAACGGUGAUGGUUUUCGCUUUAACGAGAUGGAGGUGAUCGAGACCAUCGUGAUCCAGAGCACCGGGCAGGAUGGGAAGGAGCCGGUGGAGUCCAGCGCGGACCGAGACAGAACUAAAGCAGAAUUUAUUUGGACAAUGCAGGCCACGUGGCACCUCAUCAACACCCGACUGGAAAUGGAUCAGGAUUUCGACCAGCCAGUGUGUAAGAAAAAGAAACUCUGGGAGAUGGUGGCGGAAAAGGUGAAUGCCAAACUGAGGGAGUCGGAGGUCACGGACGUCACUGUGAAGGCGUACGAGUGUGAUCUCAAGUGGAGAAACAUGCUGGCCACCUACAGGAAGAACGCGGAACGGGCCAAGAGGCUCGGGGAGGCCAGGGUCCACUGGGAGUUCUUCAAGGCCAUGCACGAGGUCCUAGGCAAGAGAAGGGAGGAGGUGGAAGCCCAGCGCAGGGCAAAUCUCAGCGGGUCCAAAGUAGGAAGGGUCAUAGCCAGCAAGAAGUUUAUCCCUAUCCUCCCCACACCUGCAACAGCAACAGCAACAGCCACACCCUGCCCUGCCCGGCCCCCACAGGACGUCCUGCAGCUGUACAUGGAGCUGCAGGAGAGGAAGAUGAACAUGUGGGCCCAGCAGAAAGCCUUGGAGGAGAGGAAGAUAGAGGCCAUCAACAACCUGGCCCAGGCCAUCUCCAACCUGGCUCAGCAGAACAGCACACAGCUGUCGAAGGACGGACAUUUGGCCUGAAGAAACGAGACGUGGAUCUGAAAUUCUUACCAAAAACUUUUAUGAUAUUGUUCAGAGAAAACUAUGUAUUAUAUGUUUUUUUAGAAAUUGAACAUGUUUGCACAUUUGUUCUGUUACAGUUUAUACAGUAGUUUUGCUAGUGUUCAUUUUGUGAAGCUGAACAUGUUUCAAAGAAAACCGUUUGGGAAGGGAGGUUGGCUGAUUAGAGACAGAUCUGUUAGGAGAAGAACUUUGAAUAGCAUCCGCUGUGAGCCUGUGAAAUCUGUGAUGGACAGGGGGAUCUGGUCAGAGGAGCAGGUGAGGAACUGAAUAUCAGGACAAAGGCCCAUGUUCAUUACAGAAGUUUUCAUCAGUCCUAAACUCUGCUUGGACAGAUCAGAUUACAUUUUUAUUUAUCUUUGUAAAAUGAGGUGAAACUCCUGUGAAGGUGAAAAUCCAUCCCUCUGUACCUCUUAUCCUUGUAAGGUUGCUGGUGGCUGGAGCUCUUUCCAGCUGACAUACGGCAAGAGGCCGGGUUCAUCCAGGACAGGUCGCCGGUGUAUCACACGGCUAACAAACAGAUACAACAACCAUUUAUACUCACAUUCACAGUUUACUAGUCUCCAAUCAACCCCUAAUCUGCAUGUCUUUGUCUGUGACGGGAAGCCCGACACAGAAAGACCAUGGUCACGCAAAUAUUCUAACCAAGAAGCCUCUUUUUCCUUGAAAAAUGUAUUUCUGUCUGUGUAGUCAGACCCAGACAAAGAUUUUUGAUAAAAUAAAACUUUAUUUUA